AUCAGGGAAAUUACGCACACUACAAGCACUGCGCUGCACAGCACAACUCCACAGAUAAAAAGGCUCAAGUUACGACUAUGGAAACCAACUUUAUGCAGCGACAUUUCCAAUUAAAUAAGGUCAAGUAGUCUAAUUGCCCUAAUGGAUGAGUAGACUUAUGAAUUUUGGAAUAAACCUCACCUAAUGAUGCAAUGACUAUUAGGCCUGGGUAAACUUUCAUGAAUAGCCUACUGUGUAUGAUUGCUCAUCUAUCAAAGUGGAUCCACCCUUAGUUACUGUAUUGUCUGCUUGAGACUCACUCAUCAAACAGUUUCUGGAGUUAUAACGUGAGAAAGUGCUCAAGGCUGGGAGGCGGAGACGGGGUGGCAGUCUCACAUGUCCCGUCAUGUUCCUCAGAAGGGGCAGCAUGCGUGGAGCGUGUGCGGUGGAAGUUGGACGGUGUUGUCUUCUGUGUAGAGAGCAGAGGCACGAGACCACGUAUGAUGUCUUCUCUGAGAUGACUGUCUCCGUGCGCCCGAAAAGCACGCCGCUGACGUCAACUCUCCGUGUGCGAAAAAAGUGACGCUCGCACAAGAAGCCGGAGCUUUGAACACAAGGGGGAAUAGCGUUUUCUUUAUUUUUCUUUUAUUUGUACCCUUUUAUUCUUUCGUGUUUGGUUCUUAUUUUCCCGUGUUACAGUGACUAAUUCUUUUUUUUUGCUUAAAGCCAAGCGCUUGCAACCUGAGUGAGUAAUGUUAACGCCACAGCUCGCUCACACGGCGCUAUUUUGACAGCAGUCGGGGUCGCAGUGAACCAACUCGAGCUAGCACCAGUCAUUAGCAUUGACACAACGUGAAGAUUGUGAGUCGUGACGCGCAGCCAGCACAUAGGGCUCCCAGCUGAACACACACCAUGCUGCUGCACUGAGCUGGAGGCCGUGCUCUGAGAGGUUUCACCCCCUCCCCCUACCCAGCCGCCUUCUGCUGCCCCAGCCUCCUGCCCACCUGACUGCUACUCUGUGGACUUGGGUGUGCUAUGGACAGUGCUUGUACUUGUGCCGCUGCUGAGCCCAGUACAGUCCCGUAGUAUUGUCCCUCUUCCUCUGGCUUGUGGUUCCCAUAAAGAGCCACAGCACCACGGACCCUGGUCUGAUACCACCUACAGCCACUCCUGGGUCCCCCCACCCACCCUCCCCAUUUCCCACCCUCUCCCCCUCCCCGAAGAAGAUGUCAGUGAGCCUAACUACAGACAUCCAGCAGGAGGGAGAGAGCGGGCCACUCAUUGAGCCCUGUAGUCGAGGUAAAACGUCCCCUCAACCACAGGGCACCAAAGAGCCAGGAGAGAGCCAGGAGACUGAGGACACGCUUCCCCAGGAUGCACUGAAACGGGCUCCAAACCACAGCCAUGGAAGGAAAAGGGCCAAAUCUAAUGCCAAAGUGAAACUGGUACGAAGCCUUGCAGUCUGUGAGGAAUCUUCUGGUCCGUUCUCUGAUGGACCUCCAGAAUCGGAUAUCAUCCAAUUACACAUCAGCUGUCCUUCUGACAAAGAGGAAGAGAAAUCGUCCAAGGAUGAAUAUGAAAAUGAAGAAAAGGAGAAGAAGGAUAAAGCUCCUCGAAAGAUGUUAUCACGUGAUUCCAGUCAGGAAUACACAGACUCUACAGGCAUCGAUGUUCAUGAGUUUUUGGUCAACACACUGAAAAACAAUCCCAGGGAUCGAAUGAUGCUGCUCAAACUAGAACAAGAUAUCCUGGAGUUUAUAAAUGAUGACAAUAAUCAGUAUAAGAAGUUUCCUCAGAUGACUUCAUAUCACCGCAUGUUGCUGCACCGCGUGGCCGCUUACUUCGGAAUGGACCAUAAUGUGGAUCAAACAGGAAAAGCAGUCAUCAUCAACAAGACCAGCAACACAAGAAUCCCUGAACAGAGAUUUUCCGAACACAUUAAGGAUGAACGUAAUAUGGAUUUCCAAAAGAAAUUUAUUCUUAAAAGAGAUGAUGCCAGCAUGGACAAAGAUGAUAAUCAGAUUCGUGUGCCACUGCAGGACGGGCGGCGAAGCAAAUCUAUUGAGGAGAGAGAAGAGGAAUAUCAACGGGUACGAGACCGGAUCUUUGCCCGAGAAGUUUCCUUCUUUCUGCAGUCCUCUCAGAACGGAUACAUAAAUGACAACAGGGGGAACCGCGAGAGCUCGAGCCGGGCGUCUAGCAGUCGCCAGAGCAGUACGGACAGCGACAUGAAGUGCCUGGAGCCGCGGCCCUGGAGCAGCACCGACUCGGACAGCUCCAACCGCACCCUCCGGCCCCCUGUCACCAAAGCCAGCAGCUUCUCCGGCAUCUCCAUCCUGACCAGAGGGGACAGUCUGGGCAGCAACAAGGGCUCCCAAGGAAGCUGUAAAGGCUCCAGAUCUGUCUCUCAGUCCAGCCGUAGCCUACUGCCCUGCCCACCCCAGCCCCCGCAGCAGCAGCCCCAGGCACCACCUCAGACUGCCCUGCUGCCCACUCCUCAGCAGCACCCACUGAGCAACCACAUGAUCGCUCAGGGUGAUGAACUGGCACCUCAGUUCAGUCAGAUGACUCUGAGCCGGCAGGGCUCUAGUGAGAACCCGGAGCCUCCCCAGAUUUACCAGGCCGGUCCCACAGUGCUCACUGGGCACCCCCCACCACAGACAGGCUACAUCAUGGCCACCACAGGGCAGCCUUUACCACCUCCAUCUGGAUACCAACCUGCCACAGGACACCCCCACCCUCCUCCUCCACCACCACCUCCAUCACAGCCUGUCAUACAAGCCCCUCCCCCACCACAGGGAUACAUGGCUCCCCCUCCACCCCAGCAGAUCCAGGUGUCAUACUACCCUCCGGGGCAGUAUCCCAGCUCAGGCCAGCAGUACAGAGUGUCCCAGCCCAUGUCCCAGCCCAUGUCUCAGCCCAUGUCUCACCAGGUGUCGUACCCUGCCCAGCGUUCGCAGCCCAUGGCCCAGCCCACACAGCAGUCAGGUCUCCAGUCAAUGAUGCCCAACCAGCAGCCAAGCUACCAGAGUAUAAUGGGGGUCCAGCAGCCUCAGAAUACAGGACUGCUAAACUCCCAGAGGCCGCCCAUGGCUGGACAAAUGCAGAGUAUCAUGGUUCAGUAUCCACAAAUGCCCUCAUACCCGGUCCCUGUGGCCAAUGAGAGUCAGCCGGUGGUGCAGCAGCAGUACCAGCAGCAGGUGAUGGUGCCUGUCAGCCAGUCUGUCCAAGGGCCCAUGCCCGUCUACUACAGUGUUAUCACCCCCACGCAGCAGAACAGCACAAGCCCCUCUGUGGGUUACCUGCAGCCCCCCAGCUCUGAGCAGUAUCAGAUUACACAGUCGCCGUCCCCAUGUAACCCUCAACAGUUGCAGCAGCAAUAUUCAGGAGUUCCACCUCCUGGUUCUGGAGUAAUGGUUAUGCAGCUCAGUGUUCCCAAUGGGCCCCAGCCGUCCCAGAAUCCUCCUUUGGUUCAGUGGAAUCCCUGUAAAUACUACAACAUAGAGCAGCGACCCAGCAAACCAGUAGAGCUCUACAAACCUGACAACACUCCACAGGUCACUACACAGCUGACCAGUCCGUUGGCGUCUCCCACACAGUCUCCGACCCCAUCUCCAUCUGGCAGUGUCUGUGCUGGUCUGGGGCCACUUCCACUUCUAUCCCAGUUUCCCCGCCCUGGAGGACCUACUCAAGGUGAUGGACGUUAUUCAUUGUUGGGACAGCCUCUUCAAUAUAGUCUAUGUCCUCCACCCCUAAUGCAUGGCCAGUCCUCGUACAGCUCCCAUCAGGGCCAAGGAGUCAUGAAACAUGGCGUAAGAGGGAAAAAGCAGACUCUUAAAUCUGCCUCAACAGACCUCGGAAAUGAUGUGGUGUUAAGUCGUGUCUUGGAGGUGACAGACCUGCCAGAGGGAAUUUCACGUCCUGAGGCUGAAAAACUCUUUAACCAGCUGUCCAUGUGCGGUGCCAAGAUCCAGUGGCUAAAGGAGCCCCAAGGAGGUCGAGGAGGGCCUUCAGGAGCCACUGCUGGACCUGGGGGCAUGAAGAUGGAUGGGAGUGACCCGGCUCACCUCUACACUGUAGUGGCAGUGUUUCCUAGCACCAUGGCCGCCCAGAGUGCUUCCUUCAAACUUAACAACAGUGGGGCCAGUCACUUCAAACUGCGGGCCACCAAAAAGAACUAUGAUUUGCGUGUUCUGGAGAGAGCCAGUUCUCAGUGAGGGGCAGGAGUGUGUGAAAAACGAUGGACUCUUGAUGGAGUGGAUGAGAGGAAGACUGGACUGCUCUUAGUGUUCUAUCUAAAAACCACAAAAGAAAAAAAAACUUGAUGAGUUGAUGUGUCAAAUGUACAAAAGGGAAGAAGGUGUGAAUCAUGAGGUGGCUGGUGUUUGGUUCCAAAUAUGAAUAGUUUGUUUUUAAUCAUCAUUUUUGUUCAGUAUUUAUAGCAGAAGAGCACACAAGACACGUGAGCAUGUGUUUCACUGUUGCCGUGGAAUGUGUGCCUCCAUCAUUCACCAACAAUGGACGUUCCCACAGAGACACCGCACAGGCAACAGGGUCACGUAGCACAGAAGACACUGGACAGUCCACCUAAGUCAGAGCCUUUCGUCCUGGCCCUCUCCACGCCGCCAACUUUUUCUGCCUCCCUCAGCUGUCACCCAAAACAUUAUAUUUAUAAACUUUCAUACGCACAGUUGCGCACUCUCUCUGCUUUCCUGUCUCUUCUUGGCCAUGUUCUAUGCUGCCUCCUCUUUCUCACUUCCUCAGCCCCUUUCAUGUACUCCUUUCUCUGCCCCGUCCUCUUGCUUUCUGUUUGCCUUACUGCUGUUGUGGGUCUCUGUAUUGCGCUGAUAUUUUUCAGAUUUUUUUUUUUUCUUGGGAGGGGGUAUUCAAUAUAUUUAUAUAAGUGACGUAAGGAAUAAAAGAAAUCUAUAUAUUCAGUGGUUUUUCUUUCCUGAGUGAAAAGUUUAGGCCUUCCUUUCUCCUUCCUACUUCCCUGUUCAUACCUCUCUCCUCUACCUCACUCUGUCCUCUCCCACAACUCCCUGCUCCCCCUGGUCGCCCCCAUUGUGUUUGCGUUUUUGUUGACAGCUGUGCAGAACGUAUCAGAAAAAGUAGUUAAAGUGCACAAUGAUUGCAUAUGUCUACUCUACUGUAAAUUUUAUUUAAUCUGUUAUUUUUUGUUUGUUUUUAAAAAUAUAAAAGUCAAGAAAAAAUAUAUUUAAA